AGGAGCCAGCUUUGAGUCAACCCUAACAUUCGGACCGAGCCUGGCCGCGAAGCAGCCGCUUUGCCAUGCAGCUGCUGAGCAAAGCCGUGCUGCUGGGAGUCUGCCAUGGAAAGGUAUACUUUUCUGAGACCUUCGAUGAUGCUUGGGAGCAACGCUGGGUCUUGAGCAAGUGGAAGGAGACCGAGAAGGAAAAGAUGGGCAAAUGGCAGCUGUCAGCAGGUCGGUGGCAUCGGGAUCCAGCGAAGGAUGCUGGGAUCCAAACAGCGGAGAUCAUGAAGUUCUACAGCAUCGCGGCGAGUUUCGCGGCGUUUAGCAAUGAAGGGAAGGACCUCAUUGUCCAGUACCAGGCAAAGUACGAGAAAGAUCUGGCUUGUGGCGGCGGCUAUUUGAAGCUCGGGCCCAGCCAGGAGGAUCUGUCCAGCUUCGGCGACCCUACUCCGUAUAACAUCAUGUUCGGACCAGAUCAGUGCAAUGCAGAGAAGCGGACGCACCUGAUUUUUCGUAAUGGAGGCAAGAACUUCCUCAAGAAGUCAGAGUUGCCAUUUAAACAAGAUGGAGAAGGUAUCUCGCACUUGUACAGAUUACACCUCAAACCCGACAAUUCGGUUAGAGUGGAUGUGGACAUGGAGAAGAUCUACGAGGGCUCCCUCAAGGAGGACUGGGGUAUGCUGCCUCAGCGAGAGAUUGAGGAUCCCAGCGACAAAAAGCCUUCAGACUGGGUAGAUGAGGAGAUGAUGGAAGAUCCAGAAGAUUCCAAGCCUGCGGACUGGGCGGAGGCCAAGGUGGUGGAUUCCACGGCGAAGCCAGCGGAGUGGGAUGAGGAUGAGGAUGGCGACUGGGAGCCGCCCAAGGUGGACAACCCUGCCUACAAGGGCCAGUGGACAGCGAAAAAGAUCCCCAACCCCGCCUACAAGGGCGUUUGGAAGGCCAGAACCGUUCAGAAUCCGGAGUACACAGAUGACCCGGACUUGUACAAGUACAAAGACUUUGGCUACGUAGGCUUUGACGUAUGGCAAGUGAAGGGAGGAACCAUCUUUGACAACAUCAUCAUCACGGACAGCCUGGAGGAUGCCGAGAUCUUCGCCCACAAGUGGAAGGUUCUGCGAGAGGCGGAGGAAGCGGAGAAGAAGAAAGAGGAAGAAGCACAGUCUGCGAUGUUUGAGAAAGCCAAGGCGGCAAGAGCAGCACGGGCCGCCAAAGAGAAACAAGAAGGGAAGAAAGAGAGCCAGAGUGGAGCGGCCGGAAAGGCCGAGGAGCUCUGAUCCUUGCAAGGAUAUGCCAGUUUCCUAGAAGCCUUGGUUUCUUGUCACAUCUCGAAGCCAACUAAGCCGUGAUUCAUCGGCGUCUAAACGAGCUUUGAUGUGUUUCUUCAAGCUUUCCUUUGCGCUCUGUGCUAACUGGUGAAUGUCCACAUUUAGGUUAGGCGUUUGAAGUGAUUGUGGCAUGAUGGCAUGACCGCGCUUUCACAGUUGGCG